AUGGCCGCCUUCGCCUUCCACAUUCCUGUCCUUCGUGCGGCCGUCGUUGCGAUGCUGCUGCUGGUGGCACUGCCGACGCAGGCCUGGUGGGACAAGGGCCACAUGUCUAUCGCCGAGAUCGCGCGUCGCAACCUCAACCCCGACGUGCUGGAAAAGGUGCAGGCCUGCGCCACCGCUCUCAACGAGGUCGGCCCCUUCCCCAAGAGCACGAACAUCGUCGAGCUCGGCCCCUGGGCAGACGACCUCAAGUCCAUGGGCCUCUCCACCAUGUCCAGCUGGCACUUUGUCGACCACGUCUACAACCCGCAGAACAUCCCGCUCACCAUCAACCCCGUCGAGAUUGUCAACGUCGCCUCCGUCAUCCCGAUGCUCGUCAGCGCCAUCACAAGCCCCACCGCCACCUCCGACACCAUCAUCACCUCUGUCGCAAACCUAAUCCACUUCGUCGGAGACGUCCACAUGCCGCUGCACAGUGCCGACCUCUUUUCACCCGAGUAUCCACUCGGGGACCUCGGCGGCAACAAGCAGAUCGUAAUCGUCGACCAAGCCGCCGGCACGUCCAUGAAGCUGCACGCCUUCUGGGACUCCAUGUGCGAGGGCCCGCAGAGCAACGCCGUGCGCCCCCUCGACGACGCCAGCUACGCCACCCUCUCCGCCUUCGUGGACAACCUCGUCCAAACCUACUCCUUUACCGAGGAGCAGAUGAUGACCACCAACUCGACCGUCAUGGCCGCUGAGAGCUACGAGCUGGCCGUCAAGAACGUCUACCCGGGUAUCUCCGACGGUACUGUGCUGUCCGAGUCCUACAAGGCCAACGGCAAGAUCCUCGCCGGCGGCCGCGUCACGCUGGCCGGCUACCGCCUCGCCACCAUCCUCAACGCCGCGCUCGCCGGUGUGUCCAUGGACACCAUCAUGAACGGCACCAAGCACAUACAGGACGAGGUUAAGGUCACUCACACAGGUGACACCUACAACUACUACGCCUACUCUGGCGUCGAGAAAGGCGCCGCCGCCGGCAUCUUCCUCUCCUCCUUCGCCAUCGGCUGCCUGCUUGCCACCGCCGUUGUGAUCCCCAUCUUGUACCUGCUCCGCAGCAGCCCCGAGGAUAUCCUCCCCUCUGACAUCGGG